AUGACCAUACUCUGGUUGGUUUUCCUCCUUCAAACUGCACAUGCGGGGAAAAUUACUAAAGAAGAGAAUUGGAAGCUAAAAGAAAGGUGCAGCAAGUCUGCAGUGGCAGCCAACAUGUAUAAGCGAUAUCGAGUCAAUCAAUCAAAAUAUCCCUUUGUGUUCGCUUUGUCCGAGAUAGACGAUGUUGCUGGGUCCCAUAGCGAACCUUUUUGCAGCGGCGUGCUAAUCUCAUCUCGCCAUAUUCUGACCGCUGCGCAUUGCUUAGUCAUGAAUGAUGAGGAGGCAUGUAAACAAAGAUCGCAAAAACAACUAGAUUUACAAGAAACUCCCGCCCAAGAAGUUGGUGUUUUUCAAAGUUCCUGCAGUACUAAGGAGUGCUGGACUAAGAAGCGAGUUUACGAAGUAGCGCUUGUACGUAUACACCAAAACUACGACGUGGAUGAAGCUUGUGACAAUAGAACAACACAUGACAUUGGUAUGAUCGAGCUCAAGCAGGACAUACCAGAUUUCAAGCCUAUUUGUAUGCCCCAAGAGCAUGAUAUUAUUCCUCAAAGGCUUAUAUCCAUCGGAUAUGGAGAACAUAGUAAAGAUUAUUCUAUACAAGCCGUGGUUUACGAAAGCGUAGAAGAAGGCCCCGAAAUGAAAGAUUCACUCCUGGCGUAUACUAAGCGUAGGAAUGAAUCAACAAUCCAUGGAGAUAGUGGUGGGCCACUGCUUCAGAUACGGGCAGGGAAAUACUAUCUUGUUGGUAUAACAUCGACAUCAACGGAACCACCUGCAGAGGAGUUUGAAGGCUUGUUUGUUGAUGUGCGAAAGAAACUGGAUUGGAUUUGCGAUGAGACAGGAGUCUGCCCGCUUACUGAUUCUGAAGAACGCAAGCAACCAUCCUCAGAAGAGGAGGAAUCCUUCUAAGAAGCCAUUUUCUGACAACGUUCACGACGAAUGAAAGAAGGAAAUAUUGUGGAGAUGUGAACAAACAACGUUGUCUGUUGCCGAUAAACAUUUUUGCAUCACCGAGUGCCAUUUAUAGUGGAUUCAUAUAAUAAAGCGCACGAG